AUGGGUUUCUUUCGAUUACAAAAGCUUCUCGGACAAUUUACUCUGGUGAAUUUCCACUUGCGGAUUAUGUUCCUCAUGCUGGUUGUCCUGUGCAUGAUAGGAGUUCUAUUGAAUUUCUAUAGGAGAGCAGAUUUGACUCCCUGCUUUAUGGACUCGCCAUUUGAAAAUAGUUCAACAAAACUUGAAGAUGUUUUGUUCGCCCGAGUUCAACCUGAUCCGGGUCGAAGCAUAUUUUUUCAUGAAACAACAUGCCCACACUUGUCUUCAAUGCUGCGGGCUGAUGUCUACGCCGAAGGAGUUCAUUUAAAUGUGGCAAAGCUAAAUGCUCGGCAGGCCUGUGCAAUCGAAUCGGCAGCUAUUCACAAUCCUGCGAGCAAAGUUUUUGUUCUAUUUGCUAGUCCUCGUUAUAAGAACUCAAAUGCCAGUGAUCCCAUUAUGGAUGCCAUUCUAACGUACAAAAAUAUUUACCUAAGGAAUCUCAAUUUGUGGACAUAUGCAGCUGGUACCCCUGUCUAUGAUCUGUUAAAGGAUGGAGCAUUAUUUAAAUCCGAUUAUGUCCUGUCACAUAUAUCUGAUAUAUGUCGUUAUUUGACAUUGUGGCGUUGGGGUGGAACAUACCUCGAUAUGGAUGUGGUUAUGCUGCGUUCAAUGGAAGAUGUACCUCCCAACUACACGGGAGCGGAAUCAAAUACUCAUCUGGCCGCGGGUGUAAUGAAUUUCGCCCACGAUGGAUUUGGCCAUGAAAUUGCCGAAGAGUGUCUGUUGGAUUUGCAACACAAUUUCGACGGUUCCAAUUGGGGUAAUAAUGGUCCGGGUGUAAUCACUCGAGUCAUGAAACGUAUUUGCCAGACAAGCAACAUUGAGGUGAUGCAGGACAACACAAAACGUUGCAUGGGCUUUAGGGUAUUCCCCAUAGAGGCUUUUUAUGCCAUUCCAUGGCCGGAAUGGAGUAACUUUUUCGAAUCGAGUUUACUGGAGCAGACAAUGACACGUUUGAAAAAUUCAUAUGUAGCUCAUGUUUGGAAUAAGCAUUCUACUAAGCGAAAAGUCAAAACAGAUUCAAACUGCGCCUACAGCGUCUUAGCCAGAACACAUUGUCCACGAGUCUUUAAAGCAGCUGGUGAAUAUUUCUAGCCCAUCGAUUUUAUACGUCAAA